AUGGCCCAGGAGGUGCCUGCGGGCACCUUGAGGAAGGUCGGCGGCUCCAGGCCAGCCCGGAGGGGCUGCGGGAGCACGCCGAGCGGCUUCACGCUGGACGACGUCAUCCAGACCGGCGUGGACAACCCGGGCCACCCCUACAUCAUGACCGUCGGCUGCGUGGCGGGCGACGAGGAGUCGUACGACGUGUUCAAGGAUCUCUUCGACCCCAUCAUCGAGGACCGGCAUGGCGGCUACAAGCCCAGCGACGAGCACAAGACCGACCUCAACCCCGACAACCUGCAGGUGCGGCGCGGCGCGGCGGGGGAUGGGCACCGCCUCCCGGCAGCCCUGUCCACCCUGGACGGCGACCUGGCCGGCAGGGCAUACGCACUCAAGAGCAUGACCGAGGCGGAGCAGCAGCAGCUCAUCGACGACCACUUCCUCUUCGACAAGCCCGUGUCGCCCCUGCUGCUGGCCUCCGGCAUGGCCCGCGACUGGCCCGACGCCCGCGGCAUCUGGCACAAUGACAGUAAGACCUUCCUGGUGUGGGUCAACGAGGAGGACCACCUGCGCGUCAUCUCCAUGCAGAAGGGGGGCGGCAUGAAGGAGGUGUUCACUCGCUUCUGCAACGGCCUCACCCAGAUUGAAACUCUCUUCAAGUCCAAGAACUACGAGUUCAUGUGGAACCCCCACCUGGGCUACAUCCUCACCUGCCCCUCCAACCUGGGCACGGGGCUGCGAGCAGGUGUGCACAUCAAGCUGCCCCACCUGGGCAAGCACGAGAAGUUCUCGGAGGUGCUCAAGCGGCUGCGGCUGCAAAAGCGAGGCACAGGCGGCGUGGACACGGCUGCUGUGGGCGGGGUCUUCGACGUCUCCAAUGCAGACCGCCUGGGCUUCUCGGAGGUGGAGCUGGUGCAGAUGGUGGUGGACGGGGUGAAGCUGCUCAUCCAGAUGGAGCAGCGGCUGGAGCAGGGCCAGGCCAUCGACGACCUGGUGCCUGCCCAGAAGUGAGCUAGUGCCGCGCCAGCCGCUGCGUCCUAACUUAUUCCCGGGCAGCGCCCACCACGCACCCCCGGUGCCCGCCGC